GACGUGGGAGUCGACUCUUGGACCGAAUCCCAUCGACAUUGCCGACUAUUCUCUCACUUGGAAGCAUUGAAAAAGCGUCGCCACUUCUCACUCCCGCAAGAAAAGGAAGGAAGGGCCAGCCAUAGAUCAUCCAGAUUCCGCUUACUUGGAUUGAAGAACACAGAGAUCUGAAAUCGGCGUUCCAGGAGCUCUAAUUUGAGCCCCUAUCUCCACUCUUAGUCCUGUAGAUAGCCAGGAUCUUGUACCGAUAUCGCAUCGGUCUGAAUCGUUGUGGCGAUGGACGUGGUGGAGAAGCUGAGGCGAGGAGUCUCGCGGCAGCUGUCGCUGGGGUCUCUGACUCUGAGCAGGUUCAGCUUUCGUCGGCAGGCCUCUAUGGACCCGCGGCUUGGAAGCUCACGACGGUUCGCCGUUGGGCGUCAAUCGUCACUCGACCCCAACCGGAGGAGCCCGGAAAAGGCGGAGUUGGGUAUGCCGGAGAAUCUGGAUGCCACUAUGCAGCUUCUAUUCAUGGCGUGCCAGGGUGACGUGCAGGGAGUCGAGAACCUCCUUAAGGACGGGGUGGAUGUAAACAACAUCGACCUCGAUGGACGGACGGUGCUGCACAUUGCUGCGUGCGAAGGUCAUGUAGAUGUCGUCAGGCUGUUGCUCAGCUGGAGGGCGAACGUCGAUGCUAGAGAUCGAUGGGGAAGCACGGCUGCUGCAGAUGCUAAAUACUAUGGUCAUGAUGAAGUGUACAAUCUCUUGAAAUUUAGAGGUGCCAAAACACCGAAAAUUAGAAAAGCUCCGAUGACUGUGUUUGAUCCCAAAGAAGUUCCUGAGUAUGAGCUGAAUCCAGAAGAGCUUCAUUUCCGGCAUGGUGCUGAGCUUACUAAGGAAUCAUGUCAUGUUGCUAAGUGGAAUGGAACAAAGGUCACUGUUAAGAUGUUAGAGCAGGAUGCUUGUUCAGAUGCAGAAACAAUAAAUGGUUUCAAGAAUGAGCUGACCCUUAUGCUGAAGGCUCGACAUCCUAACUUGAUUCAGUUUGUUGGAGCUGUCACUCAAAAUAUACCCAUGAUGAUUGUUUCUGAAUACCUUCCCAAAGGCGACUUUGGAAGCUAUCUUAGAAAGAAAGGCCGUCUAAAGAUUAUCAAAGCUCUUCGGUUUGCACUAGACAUUGCUAGGGGCAUAAACUACCUUCAUGAGUGCAAACCAGAUCCAAUUAUUCAUUGCAACUUAACUUCAACAAAUAUUUUGCUAGAUGAUGGUGGUCAGUUGAAGGUGGCAAGCUUUGGCUUGAUUAAAAUGUUGAAAGUAACACCUGACAGAUACAAGUUAACUAAUCCAAUGACUCAUAUUGACAGUCAGUACAUAGCACCAGAGCUGUACAACAAUGAAACAUUUGAUAGAAGCGUUGAUGCAUUCUCCUUCAGUUUCAUUCUUUUUGAGAUGAUCGAAGGAAUUCCAGCUUUCCACUCCAAGGCUCCCAAAGAAGUCGCUAAAAUGAUUUGCGUAGAUAACUACAGACCAUCACCACUAAAGAUCAAAUCUAAGACUAAUCUGUCUGAUUUAUUUGAGCUAAUUGAAGAAUGCUGGGAUGUGCAACCAGCAAUCCGACCAAAAUUCUCAGAGAUUAUUCUGCGGCUCGAAAAGAUGUACGAGAAACUUGCAAAGAAGAGCAGAUGGAGAGAGAACUUCAAACUACCUUGGAAAUAAUCCAAGAAGGCUCCCACUACUGGCCCUUUGUAACUUGUAUGUCAUAUUUGCCUCUCUCUAUAUAUGAUUCUUAGUAAUAAAAGAUCAGUUUUCUUGGUAAAGAGCUGAGACUGAUUGUGAUCGGAAAAUCCGAAAAAGUACAAUAAACUUGUUACCAUUAAACUUUUAAGCUGUAAGGAAUUCAGCAAAAGGCUUUUGUUGGUA